AUGGCCUAUAGCAACCAGACUUGGGUGAAUGAGUUCAGCCUCUUAGGACUUUCUAAUGACCGGAAGACUCAGAUCUACCUCUUUGUUCUCUUCUUCAUAAUGUACUUGGUGACUAUGCUGGGAAACUUCCUUAUUAUCCACCUGAUCAGACUGGACAUCCGACUCCACACCCCCAUGUACUUCUUCCUAAGCAUCCUCUCCAUUGUAGAUAUCUGCUAUAUGAAUAGCACUGUCCCACAAAUGCUCAUUCACUUUCUGUCUUCAAGGAAGUCCAUCCCAUUCCAUAACUGUGUAUUUCAGUUGUAUGUCUCUUUGGGAUUAGCUGGGACUGAGUUCUUUCUACUGGGAGCAAUGGCAUAUGACCGCUAUGUGGCAGUGUGCUUUCCCCUACAUUACACCGUCAUCAUGCAUGAAGGGCUAUGUAUGGCUCUGGCUAUUGUCUGUUGGGCUGCUGGUUUCCUGAACUCACUCAUGGAGACAAUCAUUACUUUUCGACUUCCCCUGUGCAAAGAUGUUAUCAAUCACUUUGUCUGUGAGACACUAGCAGUGCUGCGUUUGGCCUGUGUGGACAUUUCCUUCAACAAGAUCAUGGUGACCUUCUCAGGUUUUGUGGUCAUCAUGUUACCCUGCUCCUUGGUCCUGUUCUCCUAUGCCCAGAUUGUUAGAGCCAUUCUGCGCAUCCGUUCUACUCGGGGACGUCACAAAGCCUUUGGGACCUGCGCCUCCCAUCUCACUGUGGUCUCCCUUUGCUUUGGGGCCACCAUUUUCACCUACAUGUGGCCCCGUACCACCUCCACAGUUGAACUUGAGAAGAUGAUAGCAUUAUUCUAUACUGUAGUAGCCCCUAUGUUGAACCCUAUGAUCUACAGCCUGAGGAACAAAGAGGUAAUGAGUGCCCUCAGGAAAGCACUGGGGAGAAUCUCUGAAGAAAAAUGA